AUGUUGUCUCGUUUUGGGAUGAGUACAACAAAGGCUCUCAAUACUCCUGCAACUGUUACUGAUCAUUUGUCUGCAUUCGCACCCCAGUCUGAAGCUGAGAAGUUAUACAUGUCUAAUGUACCGUAUGCUAGUGCGGUAGUUAGUGUUGUUAGCAGGUUUAUGUCAAGACCUGGUAAGGAACACUGGCAAGCGGUAAAGCGAAUAUUUCGCUAUCUGAGAGGCACAUCCGAUGUUGGUCUCAUUUAUGAGAGUAAUAACCAGUGUCUCGUAACUGGUUAUUCUGACUCAGAUUAUGCUGCAGAUAUCGAUGGUAGAAGAUCAAUGACUGGUUAUGUUUACACCCUUGGUGACUCUGUGGUUAGUUGGAAGGCAACAUUACAGUCGACGGUGACGUUGUCCACUACCGAGGCUGAGUAUAUGGCGCUAACUGAAGCAGCCAAGGAAGGUAUAUGGUUGAAAGGAUUAAUCAGUGACCUUGGUAGCUACUUUGAUGGAUCCAUGCGCCACGGGAAAGAUGAAAAUGAUCAUGAUAAUUGUUGGACAUCCCCAAGUGGUACUGGUUUUAUGAUCCGAGGUAAAAUGUACCUCAAAGACAAUGCAAAGGUGAUGGGUGGGGAUCCAUUUCUUAAGCUUAUAGCGGUUGAUUGGUUCAAAAUCGAAAAACCCUUUAGCCGAGUUGCAUUGCAUUCAUCAUCGCUUGUCCAGUCAGAAGCUGGGAAAAAACUCCCAUUUAUCCUCAUUGUUAAUUUGGAGGUUCCGGCAAGACCAAAUUACAGCCUUGUUCUAUAUUAUGCUGCUGAUAGACCUAUCCCUCAAAAUUCUUUAUUGGGAAAGUUUAUUGAUGGAAAUAAUUUGUUUCGCAACACUAGGCUCAAACUCAUUCCAAGAAUUAUUGAGGGACAUUGGAUGGUCAAACGAGCAGUUGGAUCGAAACCUUACUUAUUAGGGAAAGCUGUUUCUUGUGAUUACCUUAGGCAAGACAAUUUCCUCGAGAUUGAUGUUGAUAUUGGAUCGUCUUCGGUUGCAAGAAAUGUCAUGGGUGUUGUUCUUGGAUAUGUAACUACUAUUGUAGUUGAUUUGGCAAUCUUAAUCGAGGCUAAAGAAGAAGCGGAACUGCCUGAAUAUAUUCUUGGGACGGUUCGUUUGAAUCGUGUUAGGCUAGACACUGCUCAAUCGCCCUGAUAUUUG